AAGGCAAACUAUUCAACCUGUAGCUUUGGAAAGGACAGUACAUCCCACGCAGUGGAAAGAGUGCAUCAUUACGACUUUCAGCAUCUCGUCCGCGUACUCUCCGGCGCUAUGAAAACGCACGCGCGUAAAGAAGAAACCCGCUGAGGACGAAUUUAUUUGGAAACAAACUUUUUGGAAUUUCCUGCGAUUUUGGGAGCGCCGCCAGUUCUUGACUCAAUCUUGUCCGUAGGCUGUCAGUCGUCUUAACGCUUCAACGUCAGACAGAAUGCACUGCCACGGUCUGGUCCUUUUUGUAUUUUUGCGUUCCCUUGCGCUGCUGCUGAUGAUGUGCCUGCCACCGGCCUCAGCGCAGAAGUCGAAUGGUCCCCGGUGGCUUAUAGGUGACAGAGAGAGCCCGUGUUCCCCUGCGUGCUCCAGGAGCCAUGGCAAGCCUGUGUGUGGAUCAGACGGACACAGUUAUGAUACCAACUGUGACCUGGAGAGGGCGAAAUGCAAGGACCGCACGCUCACCCUCGCCUACAGAGGCAGGUGCAAAGGUAGAAACUGGAUGAGGAUAGAUCACCCUGUUCCUGUGCCCACACUUGUUUCAGAGGUCAAAGAGCUGACAGGUAUGAAAGAAGCGGGCCAGACGAAAUGUCGGACUGAGAGGAUUCAGGCUCUGGAACAGGCCAAGAGGCCACAGGAAUCAAUUUUUAUCCCAGAAUGCAAUGACGAUGGAACAUUCGCCCAGGUCCAAUGUCACACCCUCACAGGAUACUGCUGGUGCGUGACGACAGAUGGCAAGCCAGUCAGCGGCUCUUCUGUCCAGAACAAAACGCCAGUGUGUUCAGGAAACUUCCGUGAAUUUAUGGGAACUCAUGCUGGGACAAGUGGAUUGUCAGGGUCAGUAACCGAUAAGCCACCAGGACCUCCUAGCUCUGGCAGAAAAGUCUCUUUCCGUUUCUUUCUCACCCUCAAUCCAGAUGAUGGCUCCAAGCCCACACCAACCAUGGAGACGCAUGUUGUCCCAGAAGGCGAGGAGAUAACAGCUCCAACGUUGUGGAUUAAGCAACUGGUGUACAAAGAGAACAAACAGAACAGUUCAAACAGUAGAAAAUCAGAGAAAGUUCCCUCUUGUGACCAGGAGAGGCAGACCGCUCAAGAUGAGGCUCGGCAGAACCCACGGGAAGCCAUCUUCAUCCCUGACUGUGGCCUGCAAGGCCUCUACAAACCUGUUCAGUGCCACCAGUCCACUGGUUACUGCUGGUGUGUUCUGGUGGACACUGGAAGACCCAUACCUGGAACCUCUGCAAGGUAUAAGAAACCAGAAUGUGACAGUGCGGCUCGUUCUCGAGAUUCAGAAAUGGAAGAUCCUUUUAGAGACAGAGAUCUGACAGGAUGUCCAGAUGGAAAGAAAGUGGAAUUCAUAACCAGCCUGUUGGAUGCCCUUACUACUGACAUGGUGCAGGCUAUCAACUCACCAACCCCCUCUGGUGGUGGGAGGUUUGUUGAGCCUGACCCAAGCCACACACUGGAGGAACGGGUGGUUCAUUGGUACUUUGCCCAGCUGGAUAAUAAUGGCAGUCACGAUAUCAACAAGAAGGAGAUGAAGCCCUUCAAGCGCUAUGUGAAGAAGAAAGCUAAACCUAAACGAUGCGCCCGCAAGUUCACUGACUACUGCGACCUUAACAAGGACAAGACCAUCUCCCUUCAAGAACUCAAAGGAUGCCUAGGAGUCAAUAAAGAGGGUAGCACUACAAGCAGCAGUCAGGGGACAAGGCAAGGGACAAAUUUGUUCAUAGGUCGUCUGGUCUGAAGACAGAAAGUUCCAGAAGAUGAGGCAGUAGCACAAAGCACGGUGGGAAGGCAUCUGUUCACUGCUGGAAGAGUACAACGAAGGAUUCUGAGAAAUUAUUAAGAGGUUCCUUAAGAAAAAAAAAAAAAAAGAUGAUAUCAUGGAGCCAAAAUAUUUGCACUUUCUCCUCCCAUUGUUAGACAUGUCCUUUGUUUGUGUUGUAAACGUCUUAUUAAUAUGACUUAAAGAUGUCACAGAACACAGACUGCAAGUGUGAACGGUUACCAUUUUCAGCACAUCCAUGCUCAAUCCAGACAGUAUUAUAGUUGUGUUUGAAUGAACAAGCAUUCUGUUUUGAAAUUAGCUUGUCUUUAAAUGCCUCUUCUUCCGUUCGCUCUUGUUUUCGGUAAUGUCCACUCAACCAGUAUGUUUGCUCCUCUGUUCACCUUGACAAUGGAACUAAUGGAGCAUUGAUAGUGAAAAAGAAAUGGAGCGAAAUCGUUUCUGUCAACAAACAUUAGCAACGGUCUCUCAGACCUGCACCUCAGGAUACAUAAUGUACGCAUAACCAUCGCCUGAGAAUUAGCUGUAAGUCCCACAUGGUUCGUUCAGGAGCCAGAGGUCAGAAACACUAUCGCGCAAAAUUCGUUUUGUAAAUGUCACGAAACACUUCACCUAGCUUAUCUUCAAAUGGAUUAUUCAGUAAGUACGCGGCGUGUCACGCAAACUGAACAACUGGUGUUCUGUUGUUGCUGUUGUUUUUCACAACGCCUUUAUCAAAUCUUGAACUUUCAAAUGACAAACAGUACAGUAAAUAUGGGUGUUCUAAUUGCUAUAGACUGAUGAGUGCGCAGAACUAGUCUAAUUAAAAAGUUCUUUUCAUGAGAAAUACUUAUUUCCAAUUUUAGCCAAACGUGGAUAUUUGCAUACACUUUUUUUGAGGUACCGGGGAGUGACAUAUAAAUAGCAUGGUAAUCAUUCAGUAUUUUACCAUGGUAUUACCACAGGUUUUUUUUUUUUUUUUUUUUUUGUAGGAUUCCAUUGUCUUCUCUGGCUAGAAGAGGAUUGUAUAAAUCAGGAGGUUUGUGUAGGUCUCAAAAUAAUUCAAUGGUGUUUUUUUUUUUUUUUUUUUUUUUUUUUUUUUUUGCAAAGUCUCUGAGUUUAUGUCCUGUCUGGUCUGAUUUAUUGUUAAGCAUCUGUGUUAGCUGGAGUGUUUUCAAUAGCAAUGAUUUGUUUCUCAGCCAAGGUAAUCGGUUAAGUUGUAGUUAAGUUGCAGGAAUGAAAAUGAGACGAGAGCAAAUGAUUUAAACGUAUUAAUUGUUUUAAAAUUGUUAAUGAAGUUCUGUCUUAUCAUUGCUUGGAUGGUGGUAAUUUUUCUUAUUGAUUCCAAACGUGAAACUUCCAAACUCUUGCAAGAAAACAAUAAAAUUAGAGAUAUAAAUAUAUUUACCCCUUAUUUUGAUUACUAUAUCUUUCCACUUCAGGAAAGUAUUUUUUUGUGGCUCUUAAUGUUUGUU